AAAAAACGUGUGUGCUUUUAAGUGAUUCACUUAGUGUAGUUAGUAAAAAAAAAAAAUUUAUUAUAAAUUCAUAAAAUUCAUAUUUCUUUCAAAAUAAUUUUGUAAUCAUACACAAUAUUCGUGGAUCAACACAAAAAAUGUUAAUAUUUAUUUUGUAAAGAAAAAAAAAAGAAAAGUAUUUUAAAGACAAGUUUAAUACCUUUUGAGUUUCAGUACAAUAAAUAGUGUUAAACCGGUUUAUCAACCCAAGAGUGAAAAAAUAAAAAAUUACUACACAAAAUAUAUAGUAGUGAUUUCUAAAGUGAUAUCGUAAUAUACGAUCAAGAAAAAUAUAAAAAUUUAAAUAAAAGUUAUUAAAAUUAAAAAAAAAAAAACAAAAAUUUAUUAAAUUUACAUAAAUGAAAAAAUAUUCAAAGAAAAAAUAAUACACAAAUAUCAAAAAAAAAAAAGUAACAAAAUAAUUAUGGAUCCACCACACGGUAAACGUCGUGGUUCAGAAGCUUCAACAUCAUCAUCAAAUAUAUCUGAAGAACCACCUAUACCACCAGCACGUAAAAGAGUAUCAUUUUCAUCUGAUACAAUACCAAAUCGUCCAACACCACAUCAUCCAUCAAUUGAUUUAACACAUGAUACAGCAACGAAUCCAACAAAAGAUGAAUUAUUAUUAUCACCAAUAGAACAUAUUUCGGAUAUUACAAAAAGUUAUUUAGAAAAUUUACAUACAACUUCAACACAAUCUGAUAAUAAUUCAAAAUCUUCAACAUUAAAUAUUGAAUCUGCUCCGAUUCAAAGACGUGCAUCAAAUGUUUCAACAAAACAACAUGAUUUAGCUGAUAUACCAGAAAGUCCACCAAGAAUUUCAUUAAAUGAUUUCAUACAAAAUGAAAAAAUUCAAUUAGUUAAAGAUUUUGAUAAUAAUAGUAGUAAUAAUAAAAUUAAAACAAAAAAUAAUGAUAAAGAUGGUAUAGAAAAUCAAGGUUUUGAAUAUGGUCCAGGUGAUACUAAUACCACAUCAACAAAAAAGGAUAAUGAACCUUUAGAAAAAUUAAAAUUAGAUGUAAAAUUAUCAAAUGAUAGUUUUGUUACUAUUGAUUUAACAAAACCAACAACACCAAAAUCAGCAUCUACAUCUUCAACAGUAUCAGCAUCGGGAACAAAUGGAAUUGAAAAUAUUUCAAUAAAUAAUGAAAAUAAAUUUUUAAAUUAUUUAGAACAAUAUAAUUUAAAACCGGAUCCAAAUUGUAGUGCAAUGGAAUUGGAAGCAAGACGUGAUAAAGUACGAUGGUUAUUAAUAUCGGAAUGUAAUGCAUUCUUUGGUGAACGAAAACAUUCACGUGAAGAAUUUCGAAAAUUAUUUUUUAAUGAUGGAUUUCUACAAAAAUUCUUUCAUUUAUUUGAUUUGGAUGGUCGAGGAUAUUUGGAACAAGAUGCAUGGAUUGAACAAAUUAAAGGAAGAUUAUCGGAUGAAGGACAAAUUGAUUUUGCAGAGCAACUUGAAUCAGUAGCGUAUGUCAUUUGUGGUGAAGGUAAAAUUACAAAUAGCAAAUUUGGUGACAUAUGGAAAACACGUGGUAUAUUAGAUAAAUUAUAUCGACUUAUUGAUAUAGAUGGGACAAAUUUAAUAACAACAAAUCAAAUUAUGGAAUUCAUUUCAAAUUUAACUAAUCAACGUUCAAGAAAUGGAUUUGAUAAGAGUUCGUUGGAUCGUUUAGUACAACUUUUCCGUCAAACUGUUGGUAAUGAGAAGGAAAUCAAACGUGAAGAAUUUAAAAAAAUUGUCUCAUCAAAAAAUGAAUUUUUUACAAAUCGUGUGUUUGAUAUUUUCGACAAGGAUAAUUCACAAUCAAUUUCAUUAGAAGAAUUUAUUGAUGCUAUGCAUCAAUUCUCUGGUCAAUCACCUGAAGAUAAAAUUAAAUUCUUAUUUAAAGUUUAUGAUAUCGAUGGUGAUGGAUUAAUUCAACAUUCAGAGUUUCAUGAUGUUAUUCGAGCUUGCAUGGAAGAAAAUGGAAUGAAAUUUUCAAAUGAACAGAUUGAGGACUUAACAACCGCUAUGUUUGAAGAUGCAGAUCCUUUUAAUAGAGGUGCAAUUACAUAUGAAGCAUUAAAAAAUCAACUGGAAAAACACGGUGCAUUAUUAAAUAAUAUAAGUAUAACGAUUGAUCGUUGGUUAGUUCCAUUGGCGCAAGAUGUUAAACAGCAAAAAAAAAAGAAACAUAAAAAAUUUCCGCUUCCACAUCAGUUUUCAACGGCUUAUGUAAAAAAUAAUCCAGCUUUGGUAAUUUUUGUGUCACUUUAUAUAUUAAUUAACGUUGCUUUGUUUGUUGCACGUGCUGUUGAAUAUAGAUGUUCAAAUUGGUACACAAUUAUAGCAAGAGGAUGCGGACAAUGUCUUAAUUUUAAUAGUGCAUGGGUUUUAGUAUUAAUGUUACGACAUUCUCUUACUUUCCUCCGAUCAAAAGGUCUUGGUUCAUAUUUACCAUUGGAUCAUAGCAUCUAUUUGCACAAAAUAACUGGGAUCGUAAUAUGUUUCUUUAGUUUGGUCCAUACUAUAGCACACUUAUUAAAUUUUAAUUUAGUAAUUGUUAAUGAUAACGAAUACCGAAAUGAUGUAGAAUGGCAUUUUGAUCCGCAAACUGGAAAAAAUUUUACUACAAUCGGUGAUUGUAAUUAUACAGAUCCAUUAAAUUUAAAAAAUUUUACUGCUGUGGAAUGGCUAUUUACACCAGCACCAGGUAUACUAGGUUUAAUACCUGGUUGGGCAAAUUUAACAGGAUUCGCAUUAUUUUUCAUUUUAUUGAUUAUGUUUAUAUGCUCGCAGCCUCGAGUUCGUAAGAAAGGUAGUUUUGAAUUAUUUUAUUGGACUCAUUUACUUUACGUACCAUUUUGGAUUCUUUUAAUAAUACAUGGACCAAACUUUUGGAAAUGGUUUCUAUUACCUGGUGUUAUAUAUGGAAUUGAAAGAACUAUGCGUUUUGUGUGGAUGAAAUCUGAACGUGGUAAUACAUACAUAAGUUCUGGACUUCUACUACCUUCAAAAGUUACCCAUUUGGUUAUUAAGAAACCUUUACAUUUUACAUUUAGACCAGGUGAUUAUGUUUUUGUAAAUGUACCAGCAAUAGCUGGAUAUGAAUGGCAUCCAUUUACAAUUAGUAGUGCUCCAGAGCAAGAUGAUUAUAUAUGGUUACAUAUUAGAGCUGUUGGAGAAUGGACUAAUCGUUUAUAUCAAUAUUUUGAAAAAGAACAAGAACGCUUACAUAAUGGGGAAAUUUCACCUCAUGGUCUAAAAGAAAUACAAGAUAAUGUUUUAAUGGUUAACAAGGAUAACGAUAGCCAGCAAAAAGAUUACUUAACAAAAAAUAUAGCACGUUUCAGUCAUGCAGAUAGCUUUGAUACAGCUAUUAAUCGUAGUAAGGCAAUUGACAAAGCUGCCGAAUUAAGUGAAAAAAAUGAAACAGGUUUGUUGAAAUCCAAUCGAAUUAAUAAUACUGUUACCGAAUCAAAUAAUAUCGAAAAUACAAAUAAAACAUCUGCUUCGACAUCGAAUCGACGUUUAAGUAUUGAUUAUAUCACAGAAAGUAAAGCAAUUAAAAAUUUUAAAGCAUCCCUUCAAAGAACAUUUUCAAGGAAAAGAAGUGACGCAGAUGAUCCAUCAUCUUUAACGGAUACUGAAGAUUCAACUCGAAAUAGAGCAAUGCCGGCGAGAAGAAAACUUACACCAGAAAAAAAAUUGCAAAAUUUAUUGUUCCACAAGGCCCCGCUUGAAAAAAGUCUAUCAAUGCCAGAUGUCACAACAAGAAUGAAAAAACGUGAAAGAAUGAUGCAUUUAAGGGAAUAUCAAAGGUCGAAUUCAGAGAAAACAUUUGAUGAAACAAAAAUCCGCAGAGCUCGCCAACAAACACUUGGAUUAGCAUACCUUAGCCCACAGAAUAAAUCAUUAGCUCAAAGUUUUCGUUAUAUGAGAAACAAACCAACAAUUAUUGCCUUUAAAACUCCUAGUUUAGAAAAAUGUGACCAACGACCUUCUUCUGAAUCAAUGAUUGUUUCACCAGGACUUUAUACACAAAAAGAAGCAGAAGAAGGAAAAAUAAUACGAAAUAUCCCAACAGAAAGUUCAUCAACUUCUUUAUCGCCACAGUCAACAAAAUUAGCAGCUGGUGGACAAAGUCAAACAUCACAUAUACGAGGUAUUAAUUAUCCCGUUGGAAAACCACUUGAGGAAAGAAAAUCUUGGGGAAACAAACUUUUGGCAUCAUUUAGAUCAAAAUCAAAACGGAGACGGGUUCAAACAAAUAAAGAUGACUUAAUUGUUGUAGAUGUAGAAAAUGUUAAUUAUAUACUACUUGAUCGAAGAGUCAAGAUAUUCAUUGAUGGCCCUUACGGCGCUCCAUCCAGUCAUAUAUUCCGCGCACAACAUGCUGUUCUUAUUGGAACAGGUAUUGGAGUAACACCAUUUGCAUCCAUAUUACAAUCAAUAAUGCAUCGAUACUGGAAAGCAAGACAUUCUUGUCCAAGGUGUCAGUAUGAAUGGGCCAGUGAUAUUCCAAAAUCAGUUAUGAAUUUAAGAAAAGUUGAUUUCUUUUGGAUUAAUAGGGAUCAACGAUCUUUUGAAUGGUUUGUUAAUUUACUUAGCCAAUUAGAGAUCGAACAAGCUGAAUUGGGUGGUGCCAUGGAACGUUUUCUAGAUAUGCAUAUGUAUAUUACAAGUGCUUUGCAAAAAACAGAUAUGAAAGCGGUUGGUUUACAAUUAGCAUUGGAUCUAUUACAUGAAAAGGAAAAAAGAGAUCUUAUUACUGGAUUAAAAACAAGAACAAAUGCUGGACGUCCAAAUUGGGAUAAAGUUUUUAAGCAAAUAAGCGAUCAAAGGAAAGGAAAAGUAACAGUAUUUUAUUGUGGACCUCCACAACUAGGAAAAACAUUGUCCUAUAAAUGUGAUCAAUAUGGUUUUGCUUUUAGAAAGGAAUGCUUCUAAAAAUAUUAAACAAAUUUUUUUACUAUACAUAAACAAUAGUUUUACACCUAUACAAGUGAAAAAUUUAUUAAAAUUAUUAAUAGUGUGUAAUUGAUAAUUUGUAAAGAUGACAAAAAUACAAGCUAA